AAGCGGGCAAUUGGUGCGGAUGCGGGACGUCGAAGCGGGUGGCUUUUGCUAGGCGUCGGUGUCCUUCUCAACGAUUUGCGAGGCCGGAUCGAGGAUGUGUGGUUCGUACUCCGUAUGUCUCUCGCCAACAUCCCCACGGCCUUCCUCCUCCUCCCCUUCCGGACCGUUUAUCUUCGUCCCCUCCCGCGAUUUUCGCAAUCUCCGCGAUUUGCUUUCGCCUGGCGCAGCGCAAAGAGCUUGUCGUCGUCGAAUCGCAAUAUGGCGAGGGCCGGAGUUUCUGCUUCUGGGAAAGCAAAACAGGCAGGAGCGCAAACGGGUGUGAUAGAGGCGGACGAAGACGAGGUGGGGUGAAAAUCAGACGGCUCCAGUUAAGGAUCUGUAUUCAGUGCCAGUCUCGACCAGGCAUGCCCGGUGUUGUUUUGCAUGGCAGUUGUGGAGAGAGAAAGGUGCGCUAAAACAUGGGUCUGUGAAU